AUGGCACCCAAAACUGAACAGGAGAGCAAAUCUGCAUCAGAGAAAAUUCUGAGUAACGGGACAGCGAAAGAAGAAGUGGUAAUAACGGGUGUCGCCGGAUACUUUCCGGAUUCAGAUUCCGUGAAACAAUUUCAAGAAAACCUCUUUAAUAAGGUGGAUUUAAUAACAAAAGAUGAACGCCGCUGGAAACUUUUCCAUACGCGCUUAACGCGAACUGGCAAAAUUAAUUUUAUUGACAAAUUCGAUGCUUCCUACUUCGGAAUAGAUUAUAAGGAAGCACAUUGUAUGGAUCCCAUGGCUAGGUUGCUUUUAGAGAAAUGUUACGAGGCUUUAAUCGAUGCUGGUAUCAAUCCCGAAGAGCUCCGGGGCACCAGAACUGCAGUGGUAAUAGGCGCUUGCUUCUCAGAGAGUGAAAAAGCAUGGUUUUACGAUAACAUGGAAGUCAAUGAUUAUGGAAUAAAUGGCUGUUCCCGCGGAUCGUUUGCGACAAGGAUAUCCCAAUGGUUAGGAGUGAGCGGACCCUCAUAUAUAAUCGACACGGCGUGUUCAAGUUCCAUGUACGCAAUAGAACAUGCCUACAGGGCAAUAAUCAGCGGCAACUGUGACACUGCCGUAGUGGCUGGAGCGAACCUUUGCUUGCAUCCAAUCGUGGCUCUGCAGUUUUCAAGAGUUUAUGCCAAAUUGGUUCAUGCGAAGACUAAUUGUGAUGGUUACAAAGAGCAAGGCAUAACGUACCCCGCAGGUCAUAUUCAGAAGGUUCUCCUUGAGAAAUUUUAUGAGGAAGUUGGGAUUAGCCCUUCUACAUUAGAAUACCUUGAAGCGCAUGGCACAGGAACCUCAGUCGGAGAUCUUGAAGAGCUUAAAGCUAUCGAUGCCGUAUUCUCUCCAGGACGUCCAGAUCCACUUUUGAUUGGAUCUGUUAAGUCUAAUAUGGGCCACAGUGAAGCAGGUGCAGGAGUGUGUGCUCUUGCUAAGCUUUGCAUCGCUUACCAUUCUGGAUAUAUUCCUCCUAAUAUAAACUAUUUGAAGCCAAGAGAAGUUACUGGUCUAACAGAAGGGCGUUUGCAAGUGGUCACGGAGAAACGUCCUUGGAGUCGUGGAAAAGCAGCUGCCAGUAGUUUUGGGUUCGGGGGAGCCAAUGCUCACAUAUUACUGGAGAAAUACGCUACAAGCAAGAUCAACAAUGGAUUACCGACUGAUGAUUUGCCACGUUUAGUAGGUGUAUCCGGCCGCACACAGUCAGCUGUAGAUAAAAUUUUUAAUGAUCUCGAAUGCAAACCAGUUGACGCAGAAGAAGUGCGCUUAUGGCAUGCAAUCUAUGCUAAUGAAAUAAGCAAGCAUAACUACAGAGGAUAUAUUCUUCUAGGUACUACACCCACAAAAAGCAUCCAAUUAGCUCGACACGUUCAGUAUUCAUUGUCCGAAAUUCGCAAGCCGGUUUGGUUCGUGUAUUCCGGUUUGGGUACGCAAUGGCCAGCGAUGGGCAAAGAUUUGUUGAGGAUAUCUACAUUUGCAAACGCUAUUGAUAAAUGCCACAAGGUCUUAGAAUCCAAAGGAAUAAAACUGUCUGAAAUUAUUUCGAAGCAUAAUACCAAUUCUUUUGAAAACAUUGUUGAGUCUUUCGUUGGUAUUGUUGCCGUUCAAAUUGGUAUGACAGAUGUCCUGAAAACUGUUGGUAUAAAACCAGAUUAUUUAGUUGGCCAUGGUAUAGGUGAGGUAGGCUGUGCUUAUGCGGACAACUGUUUGACGGCUGAACAAGCGAUCUUGUCAGCAUAUUAUUGUGGUCUAGCUUUGUCUGAGGUACCUACAAUAAAAGGAUCAAUGGCUGCAGUAAGCUUGGGAUAUAAAAAGAUGAAGGACGAAUGCCCACCAGAACUGGAUAUAGCUUAUCACAAUGGACCCCGCUCUAGUGUAGUCUCCGGCCCCGCUAACAUUGUGGAGAAUUUCGUAAACAAGCUAACUUCACAAGGCACUUUAGUUGAAGAAAUUUCCUGCUCAAAUAUAGCUUGUCAUUCGCGAUACAUUUCUGAAGCGAGUUCUAAGCUCAUGCAGUACCUGAAAGAAGUAAUUUUAGAACCAAAAGCUCGUUCGGAUCGCUGGCUCUCUACCUCGGUCGCUCAAAGUUAUUGGAAUGAGCCCAGGGCUACUGAAGCGUCACCGGAAUACUUCACCAAUAACCUUUUGAAUCCAGUUCUAUUCGAAGAAACAACGAAGUUGAUAGAAGAAAAUGCUAUAGUAUUAGAAAUAGCACCUCAUGGAGUUCUAUGUAAAUCUCUCAAGCAAUCAUACAAAGAUUUACUCGCGGUCGAAAUAUCUCAAAUGGAUUCUAAGGAUAACGUCCAAAUUUUACUUAUUGCAUUAGGAAGACUAUACGAAGCUGGCUUGAACCUAAAUUUAGCAAAUCUCUACCCAGAAAUUAAAUUUCCUGUUUCACAAGAGACCCCGAUGCUGUCGCAUCUAGUAGAAUGGGAGCACAGAGAGAAUUGGGAAUGCGUGUCAUAUAAAACUCAGAAAAAAUUGAAGACAGGUGAAAGAACAGUAAAUAUAUGUAUUACUGAUGAAGAUAAAGAAUAUAUAACUGGCCACUGUAUAGACGGUCGUUUAUUAUACCCUGGUACGGGUUAUUUAAUAUUAGUAUGGGAGACUUUCGCUUUGAUGCAAGGCAAGUUGUAUGGUGAGCUUUCGGUUGUAUUCGAGGAUAUACGAUUGCACAGGGCAACUACCAUCCCUAAGCAAGGAAAUCUGGAAUUCAUCAUUACCAUUCAUAAGGAAAGCGGUGAAUUCGAGCUUUCAGAAAAUGCAAAUACAGUGGCAACAGGUCGUAUUUACGCCAAGCAAAAUGUAGGCCAAGAUUUCGUGGAACUCCCUCCAGUAUCUGAAGUUGAAGACAGUAACCUUCUCCGAUUGUCAACCAAGGAUUUCUACAAGGAAUUGAGACUUCGAGGAUAUCAACACAAUGGUCUUUUCCGUGGCGUUCUGGACUGCAAUGUUGAAAGUACUCACGGUCAUGUCAUAUGGAACAACAACUGGGUAGUUUUCCUGGACUACAUGCUUCAAAUGAACAUUAUCGCUUACGAUAGUCGCGAUCUCUAUCUUCCAACGUUCAUCAAAAAACUGUCUAUUGACGUGGAAAUGCACUAUGAUACUGUUGCAAAACUAAACUCUGAUAUGUCAAGAGAACAGUCUAUUGACGUACGCUUCGAUCGCGAUAUGAAUAUUACAAGAUCUGGCGGCGUAGAUUUAACAGGUCUCCAAAUGACACCAGUACUGAAAAAACCUUCUACUGUAGGUGCGCCUAUUUUAGAAUCAUACAAAUUUGUGCCAAAUUUUGGACGUCAUAUUUUGCAGCUACAAGAAGCCAUUAAUGUGCAUACGCAACUCAUCCAUGAAAAUGUUCAAACUUUUAAAAUUAAAUGCGUUGAAAUAGUUGAUGAAGAAUAUUCUAAGCGAAAAUAUACUCCAAUAAUCGAGGUUGUAGCUAACUGUCUUGAUACUCAGCCUCUUUUACAAUCCGAAUUGAUUAUCAUAUCAAAUGAAUCUAUCGAACUGUCUCCGAGAGUAAAAAUUGAAAAAAAGAAAGAGGCGGCUGACAAUGCAACACUGUGUGUUGGUGCUAACUUAAUUCAAAGGACUGAAGUGCUUGAUCAAUAUGCUACGAUGCUUAAAGGAAAAGGAUUUAUUUUAAGUCGUGAAGCAGUCUUUCCGGACGUGAAUACAAAUCUUUAUAAUUACAAUAUUGUGUCAGCAUAUGAAAUAAACACGGAAGUUUUAGUUUUAAUCAGACCUAAGUUUAAUAUUAGCAUUGGAAAAUGUAUACGUAUUGAAAUGGAAGAUGAAAAUUAUUCUUGGAUCGACAAAGUAAAGGAAUGUAUUGAUUCUAAUGAAAAAGUUGUACUUUACUCACAAAGUGAAAUAUACAAUGGAAUCCUGGGACUGGUGAACUGUUUAAGACGGGAAGCAGGGGGUGAUUUGAUACAAAGCUAUCUGAUUGCUGAUGAUUCAACACCGGAUUUUAAUCCAAAUAUAGAAUUUUAUAAAAAACAAUUGAGCAACGAUCUAGCUAUGAAUGUGUUGAAAAACGGACAAUGGGGUACCUAUCGCCACGUACCUUUAAUAGGACUGGAAAAAACUUAUCCAGUUCCUCACGCAUAUGUAAAUGUUCAGAAUAUUGGUGAUCUAUCAUCACUUCGUUGGUUUGAGGGACCUCUUGGAAUGAAGCUAUCCAGUAAACAAGAUAAUGUGUCAUUGGUUAAUGUGCUAGUUGGAAAAAUAAAACCCGGAGAAUCAAUUCUAAUACACGCUGGAACAGGAGGCGUAGGACAGGCGGCUAUUAACUUAGCGUUCCAUAUUGGAUGUGAAGUUUUCACUACGGUUGGCACUCCUGCUAAAAGAGAUUUCAUCAAAAGGCUAUUCCCGCAGCUGAAAGAUAGUCACAUUGGUAAUUCACGAGAUAUUUCCUUCGAAGAAAUGGUACGAAGGGAAACCAAUGGCAAGGGCGUGGACUUAGUGCUGAAUUCGUUGGCGGAAGAAAAACUAUUGGCAUCAGUCCGUUGUCUUGGUUAUCGAGGUCGUUUCUUGGAAAUUGGAAAAUUUGAUAUAAGCAAGAACACGCAGGUCGAUAUGCACGCAUAUCAUCAAGAGAUCUCCUUCCACGGGAUUAUGCUUGAUUACAUUCUUGACAAGGAAAACUACAGUUUGAGACAGGAAUUACAAAAACUUAUCGCGCUCGGAAUUCAAUCUGGAGCCGUGCGACCGCUUACAUUCUGUACAUUCGAAAAACAUGAGAUAGAAUCUGCUUACAGAUACAUGGCCGCUGGAAAACACAUUGGCAAGGUUAUAAUCAAAAUUCGUGAUGAAGAUUCGAAAAAUGUUAUCAAACCCACUCCAGUUCUUAUUGAUGCGCUACCAAGAGGCGAUCGUGUUUACAUAGUGAUCGGAGGACUUGGUGGAUUCGGUCUUGAACUUGUAGACUGGCUCAUUAUGAGAGGUGCAAGGAAAGUCCUCCUCGGGUCUAGUAGGGGUGUAAGCAAUGGAUACCAAACGUUAAGAUUAAGGUUAUGGUCACAAUACGGGGCUGAUAUCAAAAUCUCGACCCAUGAUAUUGCGACGGAAUCUGGAUGUGUAGAAAUGCUAAAUAUGGCGAAGUCAAUGGGACCUGUAGAAGCAAUAUUCAAUCUUGCUGCGGUGCUUAGAGAUGCCACUUUCGUCCGACAGACUCCGGAGACAUUUAAAACUUCAUUUAAACCGAAAGCUCUAGCUACGAUGCUUCUAGAUACGCUUUCGCGGAAAUUGUGCCCCGAAUUACAAACAUUCGUGGUAUUUUCAUCGUUAGCAUGUGGCCGCGGUAAUGCUGGUCAGACAAACUACGGCUUUUCAAACUCAGUAAUGGAGAAGAUCUGUGAGAAGAGGAGGCAAGAUGGCUUACACGCGCUCGCUGUACAAUGGGGAGCUAUAGGAGAUGUGGGUUUAGUAGCAGAUAUGCAGGAUGCCAACCUUUUGUACGAAAUAGGUGGUACUUUACUGCAACCAAUUAACUCAUGUCUGCAGACAUUAGACAAGUUCCUGAAGCAAGACGACGCAAUCGUUUCAUCAUUUGUCAUUGCGGAGAAAAAGGUUGGCGGCACUGAAAAUAAGACGGUAGUGGACGCCGUUGCUCAAAUAAUGGGAUUAAAGAACCUUAAGUCCGUGUCAUAUCAAGCAUCGCUGGCAGAGUUGGGUAUGGACAGCAUGAUUUCGAUUGAAAUAAAACAAACACUGGAAAGAGAAUUCGAGAUCUUCUUAACCGCACAGGAUAUAAGAGCACUGACUUUUGCCAGACUAGAAGAAAUAGCUAAAGAACAGAACGCGACUCCGAAUGCAGUCGAAUCGUCAGUAAUUUCAGCUAGACCUGACACAAACCGUGUUUUUGUAUGGAAUAGCUUUGGCGAUGAAGUUAUAGUUUCACAAGCUUGUGUGCACAUGCAAACAAGAGUUAGUGGUGGAGAUGUCAGUCAACAGAAGGGCCCAGAAGAUAUCAUGUUUAUGAUACCUGGCAUUGAAGGAUGCGCGUACACAUUAGAACGGUUGUGUAAGAAACUGAACACAAGAGUCUGUGUACUUCAACCAGGCCUCGGUUAUACAAAUGACAGUCUGAGUGAUAUGGUCAAUAGAUUUUAUAAGACAAUAAAGACCCACUUAUCACGGGAUGUGCCUUUUAAAUUGCUUGGCUAUAGUUUUGGCACAAUACCUCUGUUACAAUUAGUAGCAAAAUUGGAAAAGGAAGGUUACAAAGGCAACGUGUAUUGUUUAGAUGGUUCACCUGAAUUCGCUAAAGCUAUGCUAGACGAAGAAAUGCCUUACUCCAACGAAACAGAAUUGCACAAUAUUAUAAUAUCAUUCAUACUAGGCGCUGUCAGUGAUUUCGAUUCUAAUGAGACCAGUUUGUUACAAGAGAAGCUGCGUAAUAUUCCUUCUUUAGAAGAGAAAGUCAAUUACGUAAUCGAUACAUCAAAACAGACAAUCAACUAUUCUAAAAACUUUUUGAAAUCUUUCGCUAUUUCUUACUAUCAGCGAGUGCUUAUAGUUAAAAACUUAAAUAUUGCCAGUUUCGCUACAAUAAAAUCACCUAUAGUCCUGUUACGUGCUAAAGAUGGUCCACUUGCUAAUCUGUGUAAAGAUAAUUAUGGUUUAAGUAAGUGUACUGACAGUAGUGUUGAAGUGUAUAGCUUCAAAGGAAAUCAUAUAACUAUUCUUGAAGAUGAAGAAUGUGCUUCAUUUAUCAACAAAAAUAUUCAAAGUUAA